GUCUAGCCCGGCGAGUUUGUCGAGGACACUUGCGGCAAGCGGAAUGCCCUUGUAUGCGGGACCGAACAGGACAUCAAAGUCGAGCGCUGGAGUAUGCGAGGCGAGGGUGUUUGCGUAGGCGAGGCUUAUCGAGCGGAAGAGGGAGGCUCGAUGAAAGAGGCCGGCGUUGAAGAAGUAAGGAGAUGUGCGACCAGAUUUGAGGGUGAAAGUGCCAAAAGAAAGGGCAUUUGCGGAAAGGGCGGAUUGGAUAAAGGUGGCUUUGUGGUCUGCAAGAGCCAUCUUGUCGCAGAACCGUAUAGUAAAUGGUUUACGAGAGAAACAGAAUACUUCAUCCUGUGGUGGGAUGCUCACUUCUGGUGGCAGCUCUGCCAAGAUUUCGACGCUAGCCAGAACUUUUUUUCGGUAUCGAUAGGACCUCGUUUGAAAAACCACCGGCAGCUUCUUUCCACACCGCCAACCGCCGCCCUCAGGAAUCCUACCCCGUCGAGUUUGCGAGAUGAAGACAACGUGGAAGGACAUUGCUCCUGUGCCGACAUCACAGGAGUUUCUCGAUAUUGUCCUGAGUCGGACCCAGCGUCGCUUGCCGACACAGAUCCGCUCCGGGUUCGCGAUUACCAGAAUUCGAGCGUUCUACACUAGAAAGGUCAAAUAUACCGCGGAGACCUUUACGGAAAAGCUCACAGCCAUUCUCGAUGGGUUUCCCCGCCUCCAAGAUAUUCACCCUUUCCACAAGGACCUUCUAAACACUCUCUACGACGCUGAUCAUUUUCGAAUCGCUCUUGGUCAACUGUCCACUGCGAAGCACCUAAUUGAGACUGUGGCAAGAGAUUAUGUGCGGCUGCUCAAGUAUGGACAGCACCUGUUCCAAUGCAAGCAGCUUAAGCGGGCCGCGCUUGGCCGCAUGGCAACCAUUUGCAAACGCCUGAAAGAUCCUCUCCUCUAUCUCGAACAAGUGAGGCAGCAUCUUGGACGUCUGCCGUCUAUCGAUCCGAACACGCGCACAUUGCUAAUUUGUGGAUACCCAAAUGUCGGCAAAUCAAGCUUCUUGAAGGGGAUCUCGAGAGCUGAUGUGGAUGUACAACCGUAUGCAUUCACGACAAAGAGCCUGUUCGUAGGUCAUUUUGACUACAAGAUGCUGCGGUUUCAGGCUAUUGACACACCCGGUAUUCUGGACCACCCACUCGAGGAGAUGAAUACCAUCGAAAUGCAGUCCAUCACUGCCAUUGCGCACUUACGAUCUGCUAUUCUCUAUUUCAUGGACCUUUCCGAGCAAUGUGGAUAUUCAGUGUCUGCACAAAUCGAUCUCUUCAACUCGAUAAAACCGCUGUUCGCAAAUAAAUUAGUCUUUGUCGUCAUUAACAAGAUCGAUCUGAUGAAACCUGAGGAUCUGGAUGCCGAGACUCAAGAAAGACUUCAGGGAAUGCAAAAAUCUGGGGAGGUAGAGAUUCUGCAGCUAUCCUGCACCACUACCGAGGGCCUUAUGAACGUUCGCAACGCAGCUUGUGACCGUCUUCUUGCCAUUCGCAAUUCUGAGAAGCUCAAGGCAGGUACAAACAAUUCUGGUGAGCCCACUGGGCGUCUUGGUGAACUUCUUCGUCGCAUUCACGUCGCCCAGCCUAUGGGUGGCAUUGUCAGAGAAGUGUACAUCCCCGACGCUGUCAAGAAUCGUGUCAAGUAUGACAAGGAAGACCCCAACAGACGCAAACUCGAGCGAGAUAUCGAAGAAGAAGAAGGUGGUGCUGGUGUGUACAACAUCAAUCUCAAGAAGAACUAUCUUCUUGAGGAUGAUGACUGGAAGAACGACAAGAUUCCCGAGGUUGUCAAUGGUCAAAAUGUAUAUGACUUUAUUGAUCCAGACAUCGACUCGAAGCUUGCCGAUCUCGAAGCGGAAGAAGAGCGCCUCGAAGCUGAGGGUUACUAUGACGAGUCUGACUCUCUCGAGGAUGCUUCCGAUGUUGAGAUCGCGGAGAAGGCCGAGGCAAUCCGGACCAAACGCCAGCUCAUCCGCAACGAUGCUCGCUUGAAGAAGAAUAUGAAGGGCAGGGCAGCCUUACCUCGACAUGCAGUCAAGAAACCACUUAGCAAGAUGCAAUCGCACUUUGCAGAGAUUGGACUCGAUACUGACGCCAUCUCUACUCGUGCACGCGCACAGUCUCGGGGCCGCAGCGUUGCACGUGGUCGCAGUGUAGCAGACACGGAUGCCAUGGACAUUGACACACCGCGGACCGCAAGCCAGCGUGCAAAGAGCCGUGGCCGUAGCCAGAGUACCAAUCGCAGAGAUGAUGGUGUCACGGGUGGCGUGAGAAAUCCACAUGCGAAGGAGAUGGCGGAUCGUCUGCAGAAGUUGAGUCAGAGGAAGAUGAACCGCAUGGCCCGGCAGGGAGAGGCCGAUAGGCACGUGCCAGAAUCGAGACCCAAGCAUCUUUUGGCCGGCAAGCGUGGUAUGGGCAAGACGCAACGCAGGUAGAAGAAAAGUAAUGUUUUUCGCUUGUCACUUGACACCACAAUGGAUGGUGGGGCUACGUAUAGGCGUCAGAGUAGUACGAUACGGUUGGAAAGACUGCAGUUGCGGCCGGCCAUGUCGUCUCUA